AUGCCUGAAUCCGAUGCUAAAGAAGCGCCAAAACCGCCCAUCAAGGUUGCGCUGGCAUUACCUGCCGUGUACCAGGGAAGUGGUUCUUACACUGAAAGCUCAAAAGGGACCCGUGACGUCCAAUUUGCCAUGCCGGGAUCGCGACUUAAGCAAGUCGACGUCCUCCAAGUAGACUCAACUGCUACAUCUCAACCCUUUGUGGACCCAGCUGUCUUCCAAAAAUGGAUUAGCAAGUCUUGA